AUCCUGUUCAGUGUGAGGGGUGCGACCCUAUGUCAUGUAAACUGGUGACAGGGCGGGCCCCCCGAGACCUGAUGUUGGAUAUAUAAGGAGGACCUGAACUGUGAGCUGGAGCUGUGUCUGAAGCUCUUGACUCGCAGGAUGAACACCCUCCAAACUCUGUUUCUCUUGGCCGCCGGCCUCUCUGUGGCUUGCUGUGGUCCAAGGCCACCAAUCCAACCCAGGGCUCUCAACCAGUUCAGAAAGGGUAUCAAGUGCCUGGUGCCAGACAGCUUGCCAGUUUUGGACUACGCUGACUACGGCUGCUACUGUGGAAAGGGCGGCUCUGGCACGCCUGUGGACGAGCUGGACAGGUGCUGCCAAGUGCACGACCAGUGUUACGAUGACGCCAUGCAGCACGACGCAUGCUGGCCCAUCUUCGACAACCCUUACACCGAGAUCUACAACUUCAGAUGUGACGAAACGAGCAAGACGAUCACCUGUGGAGAGAAGAACAACGCAUGUGAGAUGUUCAUCUGCCAGUGUGACAGGAAGGCAGCUGAGUGUUUCGCCAGAUCGCCUUACAACGACGAGAACAAGCACCUGCCCAGCGACCGAUGUCAGCAGAAGACCUCUGCAGUUAAUCCAACACAGGAUCCACUCCCACAGAAGAUUCUGGACAUUCAGAUAAAUUGCUGUGUCAUUAAAUGAAAUGUGUUGUUGAGCCUUUGACUCGUGCUGGUUCAUGCACAUUUUCCCAUUUUGAGAGAUAUUUGUAUUAAAGAUCCUGUUACAGUUCAAUUCCA